AUGGCAGAAGAACUGCCGUCACGUCUAGAUAACGAAAUUGAGCUUCUGACCGCCAUCUACCCCGACCAAGCCACUUACUCGCCUAAGAGCCGAGAGCUCAAGUUCACACAGGAGCAUGCAACGCUCCAGCUGCGCAUACCAGAUACGUACCCAGAAACAGGUUUCCCCGACGUGAUAGGAGCCACCGACGCAGCCAAACAUGACCUCAGGACACAGACAAAGACCGUUGUUCAGGCGCUCAACUUGCCAGAAGGCGAAGAAGCACUUGAUGCGAUAAUCGCAGCAUUCCAACAAGUCGUUUCAGAAAGAGUAGAGACUUCAAGCGUUACAUCUGCAAAGCACGACAAAACGACAGAUUGCAACGCCAAGAAGACAGUGAUAAUUUGGUUACAUCAUCUGCUCAACACCAACAAACGCAAACUCUGUUUGUCACCAGCUUUCUCUGGCAUCACAAAGCCAGGCUACCCUGGGAUUUUGGUCUAUUCUGGACCGGCAGCAGCCGUUGAUGCACAUGUUAACGAGCUGAAAGCGCAGAACUGGGCAGCUUUCCAGGUCAGAUUUGAGGAAGAGGUCGAGUGGAAGUUUGCGCACGGGGAAGCGGUCAGGGAGGUGGAGAGUAUGGCUGAUGUUAAGGAUGGGAAGGAGGGAGACAUCGGGCCAGGUCAGAAACAAAAAGAAGAGUUCUUGAAAGCUGUCGGUAUCAAAUGA